UAUAAUAUAGUCGUAUGCAGAUAAAAACACAUAAUAAUGUAUUUUUCAACCGUUAUAUCUUCUCCUGUGAGCAAGUGUAGACUGGUGUAAAUAAACAAAUAAUGAAUGAAUAUGUAGUUAAACACAUCCUCAGAGAAGGUAUAACACGUACUACUACGACUACUACUACUACUUAGCCAGACGUACCUGAUACACUGGGGGCUGGAGAAUGUAAAUAAAAUCAAGUGUUUGUCGUUCUUUGUCAGAUGUUAUUGUUUAUUAUCAGCAUCAUAUAGUGCAUAAUACCUGUUGUCCACUAGAUGAUGUUGGACUCCUUCAUCUUGGUUAAACCGCCUUGUCAUCAAUAGAUGUAGAAAAACAACACUUUUAAAGUCUAAACCAUUAGAGGUCACAUGUUGGGUAACUACACAGAGUUCUCACAUCAACACUUUACUGUCAAAUUUAGGAUUUAAACAAAUGCUGAAAAGCAAUAAUCUGACUUUACAUCAAACAUUUGAUUGACUCCAAAAAUAUUUACACUUGUAAGUGGUGUGCUGCUGUAAUCUAUCUCUGACGCAUUGACAAAAAUAAGCAUUUCAUAAAGAAUAUGUUUUGAUAUUAAACCCACCAGACUGCAACGGUAGGUUUAAGAUGCAGCUCGUGAUUUAUGAAUCAUGUUCCUUCUUACUGGUACGUAAAUGUAGGUAAAGUCAAAGGAACAAGGAACUCAAUUAGUGAUCUCUUACCUGCAUAACACACACACACACUAAGCCUUCAGGAAUGUGGCUAAUAAGAAUGAGGUUAAUAACAAAGCCAAGACGACUGAUACAAGGUCAUAAAGUUAAACAACCAGUGGUCAAAAUUUAAAGAAACAUUCAAUGUUUACUGAACAUUGUUAUGGUUAAAACGUGUUCACCGCCUCAUUGUUUGCACACCAUACACUUCCAUUCAUAAUAGUAAUACACGACUAACAGUGGCGUUUGUGAUGUGAUGAGGGUGAGCCUCAGUUUUCUCUAUAAUUUAAAACUUCAAUCUUGGAAAUUCUGUUUUUAUUUUCCUUUUUUCUUUUUUUUUAACCUACAUUGGCCCUAAAAUGUCGGCGUAGAAAGGAUUUGAAAAACUUCAGAUGAAGUAAAAGCGAUCAAAAGAGCCAGAAGUUUCAGUUGAAGUGACUUCCUGGAAGAGGUUAGCUUCUGAUCAAAUGAAAAACCCUCAGAGAUGUAAUUUUAGUUGAGCGUCAACAGGAGUUGAAGUGUUGAUUGAGGUGGAAGUGUUGAAAGCAGUUGAAGUGUGUGUUUGUGAUGCUGUAAGAGGAGUUUGAAAGAUCAGAUGAAACAUAAGAGGUCUGAAUCUCCGCUUCAUAUUACGCUUCAUGUCAAACUGCUUUCAGCACUCGCACCACACUUCAACUGCUUUCACUGGUUACACUUCUUAAGAUUUUAUAUUUUUACUCAUAAUUCAGCCCAUAUUUUAAAAUAAUAUUUAACUUGAUGUGUUUAAAGUCAUCAAAUGACACUUCAACUGACAUCUGCUUUCAGUUUUUACACUUCAACUGACACCAAUUCUUCACUUUAACUGAUAGUCAGCCACUUCAACUCCUUUCAGAGUUUGAGCUUCAAAAGACUCUUCAACUUUACCCAGCUCUUGCUAAUUUCAACUUAAUAAAACAUAAAUGUAAUUCAGGAGUUACUGCCUCAUCAACUUCUUUCAAUCGUAGUCUCAGGUUACUGUCACACAUCAGCUUUAUUUAAUAUAUCUUUUUGUAAUUUUCAUAGACAGUCUCGGACCGAUUUUAUUUAUUUAUUUAUUCGUUUACUUGUUUGUUUUAACGCUGACACCCAAGAAGUCCUAAUGUCCUUGAGAGAACUACCUGGAAGCAGUAAAUGGUUUGUGUAAAGCAACAACAACCAUAAAAGGAUCAAAACAAACCCACCUGUGGACAGGUACGAGGGGGGGGGCUGAGGAAGAAGAAGAGCCGGCCCACCUGCCGAUUAGAGUUUACGCCUCGGCUUUUUCUUUCUUUCUGCGGCCUCUGAAUACGACUGUGCCAAAGUUCAUCGCUCACAACAUCGGGGACAAUAGAAAGAAAGAAGACACUGAACUAGACGUUCUCCAGCGAGCUUCGUCUUACAGAUUGUUGUGCGACUCAGCUGAGACAAACACACACCUGAGACUAUUCAACGCUGCAGCGGGGAUUCCUUCUAUUGGCGACGCCAUACCGACACCUCAGAGGUCACCAUCAGAGCAACAUGGCGACCCGGAAGGCCGAGGUCCAGCGGAGGAUCGUGUCCAAAGACGGCCACAACAACGUGCGCAUCGACAACGUGGAGGGCAUGGUGAAGCUGUACCUGCACGACAUCUGGACCACCGUGGUGGACAUGAAGUGGCGCUACAAGCUCACUCUGUUCGCCUCCACCUUCGUCAUGACGUGGUUCAUCUUCGGGGUCAUUUUUUACUUCAUCGGCAUGGGCAACGGGGACUUCGAGCACGGUCUGAACGCCAACCACACGGCCUGCGUGGUCAACGUGGAGACCCUCACGGGGGCCUUCCUGUUCUCGCUGGAGUCGCAGACCACCAUCGGUUACGGUUUCCGCUACAUCUCGGAGGAGUGCCCGCUGGCCAUCUUCACCCUGGUGGCCCAGCUCGUCAUCACGGGCCUGGCGGAGAUCUUCAUCACGGGCGCCUUCCUGGCCAAGCUGGCCCGCCCCAAGAAACGGGCGGAGACCAUCAAGUUCAGCCAGUCGGCGGUGGUGUGCCGGCGCCAGGGCAAGCUGUGUCUGAUGGUGAGGGUGGCCAACAUGAGGAAGAGCCUCCUGAUCCAGUGCCAGCUGACGGGGAAGCUCCUCCACUCCAACGUGACGGAGGAAGGUGAGAAGACCCAGAUCCACCAGAGCUCCGUGGACUUCUUCAUGGACUCCAGCGGAGAGUGCCCCUUCCUCAUCCUCCCGCUCACCUUCUACCACGUCCUGGACGAGCACAGCCCGCUGGCGGGACUCAACGCGGUGAACCUGCGGACGCGCGACUUCGAGAUGCUGGUGACCCUCAACGCCACCAUGGAGUCCACGGCCGCCACCUGCCAGAGCCGCACCUCCUACGUGCCCCAGGAGAUCCUCUGGGGCUACGAGUUCAAGCCCGUGCUGUUCAGCACCACCGGCGGCCGCUACGUGGCGGAUUUCAACUUCUUCGACAAGGUGCAAGGGAGCAACGACGCCGCCUUCCUCAGCAACAACACGGAGAAGCUCAAGCUGGAGGAGGACUUUAAGAAGGAAUAGAGGAGGAAUGUCAUGGCUACGGUUUGUUAGUUUUCUUUCCAGUACAAUUACGUAUAUUGCAUUUUUAUACAAUUACGUGAGCAGUAGAAUCUCCCUUUACACAUUUACAACAUCACAAUCCAUCCACCACAAACAAUCCUACUUUUAUAACAAUAUAACUUUGAAUAACUUUAAAUAGUUUUUGGUAAAAUGGGUUCGUAUUUAUGUAGCAAAUACAUAACAAUUGAUAAGAGAUGUGAGAAACUAGUCAAAGCAGGCUGCAUACGUGUAGGACACAAACAUCCACCUCUGGUCUUUAUACGACUUAUUAGAAGUGCAAAAAGUAAUUAUGGGGGAAUGAAAUAAGGCUGUACAUGAUGUGAUUCAUGGGAACAAAUAUAGAUGGUGUGCUUGUUGUGCUUUUAGGAUGGGCAGAUAUAUGAUGAUGGUAUAAUAAUACACUGGGUGGUACAAAAGAGGUUUUGUUUUGUUUUGUAAAUAAAGAUUUCUUCAUAAAGUAAAAGUUCAAAUUAAAUGAUUUUUUUUUUGCAAAAACAGAAAUGUAAUCAAGUACUGUACUUUAGUACAAUUUUGACAUACUUGUACGUGUAGUAAGUUUCUACUUCUAACUUUUCAGGUUAUUCAUUUGAAAUAUAAAAAAACUAAUAAAUUAUGAUUCAUUAUUAGAGAUUAAAGCAAUAAAUAACAUUAAUGCACCAAUAAUUAAAAUCCAUCAAUAUAAUAAAUAUUAUUCUUUAUUGAGACAUUCUG